AUGGAGCAACAAGUAACAAGGCUCGUAGAAAAGGCGUGGGACAAGUUCCAAAAGACACAGGCCGACCAGCGCCUCCUAACAACCCGACUCAACGCCCGCGCCGCAACACUUGACCCUUCCGACCCCUCCCGCGGGGCGCAUCCUCCGGCGGCGUUUGUCCCUAUGGAUGGCUACCACCUCACUCGGGCCCAGCUCUCCGCCAUGCCCGACCCAGAUACCGCCCACGCCCGUCGCGGCGCAGCCUUUACCUUCGAUGGCCCCUCCUUCCACAAGCUUGUAGUCUCCCUUCGCGAGCCUCUGCGCGCCGACUCCUCUCCGAUAUACGCCCCGAGCUUCGACCAUGCCGUCAAGGACCCCAAGGCCGACGACAUCGCCAUCCAACCCUACCACCGCAUCGUAGUCUUCGAGGGCAAUUACCUCGCCCUCGACAAGACUCCAUGGAGCGACGCCGCGAAGCUCAUGGACGAGCUCUGGUUCGUAGACGUCGACUUCGAGGUGGCGCGGAAACGCUUGAUUGGCAGACACAUCAAGGCCGGUAUUGCCAAGGACGAGGCAGAGGCGGAUAAGAGAGCAAGGGAGAACGACCUCGUCAAUGGGAAGGAGAUUGUCGACUUCCGCUUGAAAGUCGACGAGGUGAUUGUUAGUCAAGAAGACGACAAGUGGGUUCACGAGUGA